AUGGGGACGCCGCUCUGGCUGUGUUUUGCUACCUGCGGCGCUCUCGGAAAGACGGUCGAAAAUGUGGGCACCAUGACCGACCCUUCAUUGAUUACUGUGCAAACAUACGCCCUCAUAGUCACGUAUUUGCUUAACGCCGGCCAGUAUGAGACUGCCUAUACGAUGAUCGGGCUGGCUAUCUGCCUCGCGUAUGCACUAUCUCCCCAGACGGGUGGAAUUAACACUAUCGACCUGAUACAAGCGGAUAGGAGCAGGAAGACUUGGUGGAUUCUAGUACAGCUCGAUCUGAAAUGCUCGCUGCAGUUAGGAAGACCGAUGGCUGCGCGAUAUUCAACUCCGCCCAUUCUCUUUCUUCCCCUCCAUAAUCCAGACGCAGUGGUGUAUUCACAGUACCAAUUCUGCUGGUCGAAACUCACAGCAGCAAUGCUCCAAGUCAGCAAUGCUCCAAGUGCACGAAAUGUUCCAGCGACGCACAGCUGGCAACUCGGCUUUCGAUGCAGCAAUAGUGGGAAUGACUUCUGA